UUAUAAAAAACUUAAUCAGAAGAUAAUAAACAAAUAAAGACGGACAUGGCUUAAUGCCUCAGCUACUAAAGUUGAACGAAAUCAUGUGUACUGUAUUAUUUUGUAAACACUUUUACUCCCUUUAACUUUACAAAAUAUCUUCGGCGGAAAAAUUUUACGCAGUUUUAAUGUUUGUGACUCGCAAAAGCCAUAAAUUGACCGCCCAUUUAGGGAAGAAAUCGAAAAUUGAAGGCAGUUCGAGGAAUCUAGAAUGCAUUGAAAAAUUUUUCUAAAUGUAGAACAACAAAAGUACAACUUCAACAGUGUUGUGGAGUUGAAAUUAUAUAAAUACACGAACUUUAUAUAUUGUGUAAGCAUGAACUCUGAAAAUUCUGAGCUUUCCGAUUCGUCUUCUAAAGAAAACGAUUCUGGAAAAUCAUGCGGUUGUUCUGGUUCGGGCUCUAAAAAUCUAGAUUGGAGCGACGUCGUCGAAAACAACCCAUAUAGUGGAUCUGGCGAAGUAACUAAACCCACAGAGUAUAACAAGCCUCCUGUCGGUUGCGAAGAGAGGUUAGCGUACAGAACUAAGGAGUGUUACUUUUAUGAUACAAAUACUCGAAAAAUAUUCUUCACAUUGCCGCCAGAUGAAUACAUUGGAGCUAUACACGACGGAUGGAAUGUAAUUGCCGGAAAAGAAUGUAAAUGCAAUUGUAGAUGCGUGCUUCGAUGCAGGCACAUAUUAGUGAAACACAAUGAAUCAGAUAGACUUUCUUCAUUCCGUAAACGACAAGUGAAUAGAACUAAGGAGGAAGCCCUAUAUAAUAUUUCACAGGCCUGGAAUCGAUUAAAAGCCGGCGAAAUCGAGUUUCCGAAAUUGGCUAGAGCGAUCUCUGAUUGCUGCUCUGCUCGAUACGGUGGUGACUUGGGCCCCUUUAAACUUACUCAAAUGUCUUUUUGCUUCGAGCAAAAUGUUUUGCGCUUAAAAAUUAACGAGCUCUCGGAUAUUUUUGAGACAAGAUCAGGAUAUCACAUUUUAUUGCGGACGCCGGCGAAUAACAGUGAGAGAGGUUCCUCAAAGACAAAAAAAAAACACAGGCGCUUUGUAAAAAUAAGCGAUGCUAUUGAAAAAAAAAAGUGUAAGGCCCGCCUGAUGAAAAACAAGCUUUUCCCCAGCUUUUUGCACGAAUCGCAAACAGAAGUAUGCAGCUUGCUCGGACAAAGACAAAGAAACUGCGAUUCGGUUAAAAAGGCCGAUAGUGUUCUUAAGAGAGAUUCAUAUUUACCCCCAGAAGACGAUCCCAUGAUGAGAUUGUAUACUCAGCAGCAGCUUAGAUUAAAAAAUACAAUAAUCCAGAAAAAGUUGGAUGUGGCCAUGUACUUAGGAAAUGCUCUCAAAAUAAUAGAAACUGAUGCACUUGGGAAAAGUGUUAUUAAACUUCAAAAAGUGACUAAAUAUCUGUUAAUCCAUAAGGAAAAUCUUCGACCCAAAAAUUUACAUGAAGUGUACAACGAACACGACAAAAUUUAAACAGACACAAAAACACCAAUUUAAAAGUGUUUCCAGCAAUAGGGAAGUAUUGUCAAUAUAAUAAAGAAAUCAAAUGCAAUAAUUGUUUAAUAGAUCAAAACAUGUG